UGUUUUCUCCUUUGCGGUGAGAGUUACUUCCCACCGAGCGGAAGGAAGGACAUGUUUUGUAGUUUUAUCUCGAUCCAAGACCGUCUCCGCCACAUAUCACACCCCUAUAGGCUAAGCGCCUCAGAGCUCUCCAGCAAGAACCAGGCUGUUUCUGUCCCUUCAUCCAUCAGCAGGAAACUUUUCCUGAAAAGCGUUGGACAGAUGAGGAGAGUCUGACCGGAAAUACAUCUCAUAAUAAGGAGUUAAUGGAGAAUAUCUUUGUGCCUCCGCUGGCUCUCCGCGGGAUCUCCGUGAACGGCGGCUCCGCGCGCCACAAGGAUGCGCUCCGGCUGGGGAUGCCCUUCCACAUCGACGCCGCCUACUUCGGCCAGGGGUUCCCCUGCGGGCGGUUGCCGUGCUUCCCCUUCCCGGCGCCCUUCGGCGUGUGCGAGUACUCCUCCUUCGAGCCCGCGUUCAUCCAGAAGCGGAACGAGCGCGAGCGGCACCGCGUGCGCUGCGUCAACGAGGGGUACGCGCGCCUCAGAGAGCACCUGCCGCAGGAGUUUGAGGACAAGCGGCUCAGUAAAGUGGAGACGCUGCGAGCGGCCAUUGACUACAUCAAGCACCUGCAGGGCCUGCUGGACGCGGACGUCUCCCGGAUGGAGAUGUCGUUCAAUGAGGCGCGCGACUGCGAGGCUCUGCGGCGAAGGACGGAGUGCGGAAGUGACGGAGAGUCCAAAGCUAGCAUGAGCGACAGCGGGGACAAUGUUUACUGAAGACUUCCACAAACUAAAGUAUAGUUUAGGUAAAGGGAUAAAAAAAAAGUGUUGAAAUUACUUUAAUCUGACAAAAACGGGAAAAAAAUAUAUCUCAAAACUGAAUACAUUUAUUCAGUUGAGAAAAAUAAAAUAGGUUUUAAUAAUAUCACUCAAGAUGUGCAACACGUCCACAGCAUGACAGAUACUUCACCUUAUUUUAUGCUGAGCAUGAAUUGAAUAACAUGGCAUAAAUAAUAAUGAAAAAAUACUUUGUGAGAUUUCAGGGGCAGCAGUAUUUGUGUUUUUCUUGUUUUACGAAGCAAGUAAAUGUAUUCAAAUUUAAAUUUAGGUUUAGAAAAAUCUUAUGCAACUGGAAUUUAUAUACACAACUGUCCACUGAACUUCUCUAAAUGUCGUCUAAAAUCUGUUUAAAGUAAAACCUUUCUUUAUUUACGUAGGCUGUCACAUUACCAGGGAAUGCCUGGUAGAGUAACAAAAAAUAAAAACUAUAUGCAGAUGUAUUAUGGCAGUGACUUGUCCAAUAUGUCAAAAGAGGCCUUGGCAAAUAGUUAACAAAAACAAUCAAAACAAAACUAAUUAUUAGUAGGCUAUCCCUUGUAAAUUUUAAAAUAUGCAUAAAAUUUUAUAGUGUAUAUCUCAUUAAAAAAUGUUUAUUUUUUGAUAGGAUUGAGACAAUAUAAUGAGGUAAACAAAAAUUAUUUUAUUACAGUUUAAAACAUGACAUGUUGAAAAUUAUUUUUAACCCCCUAAUAGUGAGAAAUAUUUUUCCAUGUUUAGCUGGCAUUUUUUAUUUAUUUAACUUUGGGGAUGAGGUCCAAGUCCAAACCUUCUUACCAUCAACUUAAUUUUUUAUCUCCCUUCACAGUUUCUCUGUCAAUUUCAUGUGACUUUGACUUUGAAAUAUCAAUAUAAUUUACAGUCAGGUGUUCAGAUUAAAAGUUUUCUUUAGACUUCAAUCCGUCAGGGCCUAACUGUGCAAUUAUGUCAACAUCACAACAGAAAAACAAAGAAAUUAAUAUUUUGCGUAGGCUGAAAAAUAAACAAAUAAUAACCUAAUGCUAAUUGCAAACGUUUGUUCAAAUUCAGCUAACACUGUUUUUGUAAUAUAAAAAAAUUAUUCCACACAAGAAGGUGGUGCAUUUAAUCUUCUGAGCAAACUUUAAAUUAAAAAAAAAAGUAGGAAAGACGAUGCUUUGUCUCUAAGCAGUGCAAAAUGUAACUAGAGAGUAAAAGACAAAAAGAGUUAAGAUAAAAGUUUUACACUAAAUGAUUCUUAAUGUUAAUUUGUAAGCUUCUUGUUUAAUAACGGCUAAAUUUGAUGGUGUCAAAUUAUAUCUUCAAAUUUUGAUCAGACAUUAAUUGAACGUUGUAAGAAUUAAGAGCUGUUGUAAGUGUUGUGGUUGAGAAACUUUACAUCUUGUAGCAAGAGUUUAAGUUUGCAUCCACCUACAGUUGGCUUAGCUACAGCACUGGUGCUAAAUCAACUGUGAAACAAGUUGAGCUCGUUUCCGUGCCACUUAGGUAGAACAUAUUUACUAAUGUUUUAUGCUUUAGUCAUAAACCAAAAGAUGCAAAUGCAAAAGGGAAAUGAUCAUAAAACUCUGUAAGAAAUGUGAACUGAUCUAGUACAUUAUUAAAAUUGGGGGGAACUUGUGCGUGAUUUUUAUCUGGCAAUAAAUUACUUCGAGUCAGAAAUAGUGAUCCAUAUCUGCUAAAAUAAAUGUCAAAAAACCAA